UGCCAUGUUGAAAUAAUCUACUAAAUUCAUUUGUAUAUUAUAGUCUGUCCUUUAGAAUGUCACUUGACAGACGACAUAUUCUGUCUCUUCCUUCGGAAUUGGCUGCUAGAAUAGUGAGCACCCUCACUCUCGACCAUUUCUUUCCAUUUGCUUGCACUUGCAAAACGCUCUACGGCUUUGUGAUGGAGGAAGCGCAGCUCGCUAUCUUAUAUAUGGAGAGAUUCGGAAAAGAUAAAGUGUUGGAAGCAAUGCUUGCUUUUGAUGAGGAGGAGGAUGAGCUAGUCGUACCGGAAUCUUGGCGAGUGCCACGCAUUGCUAAAGUUCUCCUCAUCAAUCGACCAUCACUUUUGAAGCGGCUGCUUUUGACAUCCAAUCACAGCUUGGCGCUGGUGCGGUUCGCUCUUGACCGUCUUCUUACAACGUGCAUGGACUACCCAAAGACUUCACGCAAAGUACCAUUCGCGCUCAGCAUGAUAAUCGAUUCACCACGUAGUCAAGAGUUGGCAGAAACGGACAACUUGUUGGACAUUGACGAAGGAGAAUGUUUGGAGGAGGAACCAGAGCUUUUCAUUUUCUGUUUUGAUACUUAUCUGAGUUCUGGACCGAGCGCCAGAAUUCUGGAGAAAGACCCAAGUGAUCGCAUUUUGAUGGGUUUUAUGGAGAUGGAGUGGAAUGUUGCGAAUGGCUGGGACAAGUAUGCGCGGUUACUAGAGCUGCUUAAACAACGCGAAGAUCGAAUAUCCCCCAAGUGGCUACGGUCAUGUCUCUCACAGCAUGCGUCGAAAUUCAAGUUUGCUGGCAGAUCCGAGGGAAUAUCCGUAAUUCAAGAAGCGUUCACAGAUUGCCGAGGGGAAGAGUUCGCGCUGGACGCACUCGUGUAUGCUUCGCGCUUCCUUCGCGAAAACCGAAAUUUAUCAUAUCUCCGACAAUGCAUUGAAGAGGGAAAGCUUACCCUCGACUACCUAUUGCAACCAAAUCCUCCCUUUGCUAUUCCAUACGGUCAGCAGGCCAGUGUAUUCCUUUGGGAUUUGUUGACAGUGAACGAUAUGACGAUGAAUCUAGGAGAAACAAGUGCUGAACAGGAAGAGAAUAUUAAGUUCUGGCUGAUAUCAGUGUACCCAGUGCUUCUUCCUCUCCUGUCUGAGCCGCUUCCCCAAAGUGCUUUCGGUCAAUAUGGGCGUACAACGUUGCGCCGCACACAGAACGCCAGCAAAUUCAAUUUGGAUAAUCUACUCCGCGAACUCGUCCACCCCUUGCGACCAGCCAACCGUUCCGAACGUGUUGCCAAUAUUCUGAAGGAAAUCAUACGUGACAACCGUGAUAUCACCGGUGCUAAAGGCAAAAACAUAUACAGAAUCACACCCACUUUUAUGACAUGGCUAGUUAAGAACGCGGGCAGCCCUAGCUCCCACGAUCUGUUGAAGACCUGGUUUGAGGUGUACCAAGAUCCAAGUGGCAACAAUGGUACCGUCACUCAGGGAAUUCACAAGUCUCUCGCGGCUCGAGCUGGUCUAUAUGAAUUUGUACAGAGCUGCAUCCUUUCUCCUUCGCCAGCCAUGGGAACGCGCUCUGCUCGCAAGGGCAAAGGCAAAGAAGUUGUGCACAUGGAAGCCUCAGACGACGAAGAUGAUAUCAACGAUGAGAGCCUACCCGAAUACCCAAUACCAAGCGAAGGUCCUAGCGGGACCGGCCGACGUCGAAGUAAACGAUUGCUGGCGCAAGUGGAACACGAGGAAGGCGACCCGUAUGAAGGGGGAUCAUCAUCGACCAGGAGAACGCGGAAGAGGUUUAGCUCUGGCGCGUAACACGGUGAACAGGUACAAAUAUAUUGAUGUUUGUAGGGUUGCACGUAGUGGUGGUUACAUAUUUUGUACAUAACAUAAGGACAUGCAAAUGAUUGCUUUUUUCUGGGACAAUCGUAUAUGGCUGUUUUGGAGUAAGUAGAGAUAAUCCAAGCGCAGACAUUUCCAGAAAGGUUGUACUGUACUGCGCGGAUACG